UUGGAGUUUACCAGGUGGUUCACCUCCAAAGUUUGGCAGAUCCGGAGAUGGUGGUAUCUUGGAAGAUGGCCCCAGUUUCAGCCCUGCUGUUCUGGGGACAAGCUGCAAAGCAAGGGCCUACCACUUCUGUACCGUGUAGUUUUCCUUGACUGGCUAUGGAAGCAGAAGUCAAAAGAGGAAGAGGAAGAAGAGGAGGAAGAGGUGGAAAAGGAUGUAUCUCUUGGUCCAUUGAAGCCAUAUUCUCCUCCCGAAGACGUUCCUAUUGAAGAACAAACCACCAUAACCACAGGUCAGCCAUCCUGUGGUUCCGAGGCCUUCCCCAAGGCACCAGAGACACCAGAACAAAUGCUCACAGAGCCCCUAUGCCCUUCCAGGUCCUUCCCUACGUUCCACAUCCUGACCAAGCUACCUGCAAGGCAUAGAACAGCAUCAGGAAAAUGCCUGCAGCAAAGAAAAAAACAGCUCUUCUGGGGCCUCCCCACACUGCACAGUGAAUUCUUGGAGGCCACCUUCCUAAACGUAGCUGGCUGCACUCCCUUAAAAUUGUCUACUGGUCCCAUCUUCUUCAACAACUUUGCCUUUCUGCCUAAAUCUAAUCUGCUGCUUCCCCAGUCCUGCCCCACAACCCAGCUUCCUAUCCAUCAAGUCCAUACAAUGGAAGAUCUGGAAGGGCUGGGCCCUGAUCCAGAGCUACCUCCCCCUCUAGUUCUAUCUCCAGCCCUCCAUAUUCAGCCCUUACCUGCAGGUCACAAAGGAGCCCUAUCAAGCACUGAGACACAUGCACAGUUGCUUCUAGAACAGAGAGAUACCCCUGGGAUCUCUAAGGAUCAAGCCCUGCACCCUCAGCCUGAACUCCAAAGAACCAGCCUCUCCAAGAACCUUCCUUCAUCUGAAGCUUGGCAGGGGGUGCCAUGGGAUCCCAGCCUUCAACAACUCACUCUAGAUUCAUGCCUUGCCUCUCCACUGUACCCCUCUAGCCCACUGGAAGUCCUGACUAGGCUUGAGCCCCUGUCAAGAACUAUGGAGCACAGUGAGAACUUCAGAGAUUCUGAGUCAGCAGUGUUAGUCCCUAGCCCAACUCUAGCCUCCCUGACAGAGCUCCAGGAAGUUAAUCCUUUAGGAAACCUGUCUGGAUCUACAGCCCUCUGGGAAGCCAUGGGGCACAGAGAGAACGCUCAGAUUUCCAAACCUCCAACCUCAACCCCUUGCCAUCCUCAAGGAACAAGUGCCCUGACCAUUCCACCUGAAUAUGAGACUCAGUGGAGAAGCACAACACAUAGAGAGAGCCUAAAAGCUUUUAAGCCCCCAGUGCCAGCCCCCUGCCAAUGCCAAGUUUCUUUCUCAAAACGCCAUGAAGCCAAUUCUGAAGAAAGACUGUCUCCACCUAAGGACUUCUGGAGAACCACCAUACAGAGAGAAUAUCCUCAGAGCUCUGAGUUUCCUGCACCAGUCCUCCACUUUCCCCCAGGCCCCCAGCCAGAGCUUCAUAGAGACAGCACCUUGGGAGAUCCAUCUGGAUGUGAGGGCCAGUCAGGAGACAGAGAAAAAUCAGGAAAUCCCUGGAUCUUUGAGCCCACAGACUUGGACCUCAACUCAGGCUCAGUACACUUUCCAAAAAUCCAUGAAACCAGACUUGCAUGUGUCCCAUUGGGAUCUGAGGCUUCACAGGACAUACAGAAAAAAAAUGUGGGGGUCUCUGCAGAUCCUUUUUCAUCUCUCAGCCCUCCCUCAUCCUCCCUGCUAGAGUCUGCAGGAAUGGGUUCCCAGGGAACCCUGCCUGACUCCAAAGCUUUGUGGGAGAGCAUGGGGCAGAGAGAGAACCUCUGGGUCUCCAAGUUUCCAGGCCCUCCACACAGUCCACCUCUAGCCCCGCUUCUCGAGUCCUACAGAAGAAAUUCUAUGGAAGGCUUGCCAGGAUCAGAAGCUUCACGGGACCUUGAGCACUCCAGCAAUUCCAGGGCUGUUGAACCUGAAUCUCUGGUCCUCAACCCACAUCCAGCUCUUGUUCUAGAAUCCAAGUCCUUCAGAGUAAACCCCAUUGGGGUCCUGUUUGAUUCUCAGGCUCUAUGUGGGGACAUGGAAAGGAGAAAGAACUCCUGGAUCUCUGAGCUUCCAGGAUGCAGCUUCCCCCAAGGCCUGCAUGGAGUCAGUUUCCAGAGAAUCCAGUCAGAUUCUGGGUUUGUUAGGGUGGUCAUGGAGCAGAAAAACUCUUGUACUCCAGGUGGGGGCCUCAGUCCACCCCUAAACUCUGUGUCAAUGUCUCACAUAAAUGAGCCUAUUGGAAAUCCAUGGGACUAUAUGCCUAUGGGGCAAGUAGUGGAGCAGAAAGAAAACUAUUGGGCCACUGAGCUUCCAGCCUCAGCCUUCAGCCCCACCUUUGUCCUUCCACCAGAAGGGUACAUUGAUUGGGAAUUUGUGUGGAGAAAAGUACAGCAAAGAGAGGUUCCCCAGGGCUCCAGCCCUCCUGUAGGGGAUCCCCUGCAACCAAUGCUCUGGCCUUCCACUCUAGGUGAAACUUUGAAGAUUAAACCCACUUACUCUGACCUCCUCACGAGAGAGGCAGGCCCAGGUGCUAAGGUAGAGAGUCUCCCAGACCAGGAAGAGGCUGGGCCAAAGAUGCCCACGCAUCCUCGAGUCCAAACCUGGCAAUGGAGUAGAGAAUUACUCAGGCUGAAGUACCUGCAGCAGUCCAGAGCCCUUGGCCGAAGCCAAUCAUUUUGCAGCUCGCCCACUGCUAGCUGUACAAUUCCAGUCUCUUGGGAGCUCUUUUCCUGUCCCCCACAGCAGGCUCAUCCUCCCAACCCAGGCCCCUACUCUGCAAGGUGCAGUUUCCAAAGGGCCCAGGGCACAGUGCCCCAGUCUCCCACUGUCCAGGCCUCCCGCUGUCACCAUCCUCAUACAACAAAACAAAUGUCUGACAAAGGGGGGAGUGUGAAAAGGGGGAUGGUGGCCCAGGCUCAGGAGCCAUGUGUUCACAUGAAGGCUGGUAACCAGUGCCAAGGCCUAAGAGUGCCCUCUAAUCCUAAAGCUUCAGUUUCAGAGGAGAAAUUGAGCAAGGCUUCUUCAGCCCUACUUUCAGCCAAAAAGAGAGACUAUCCCAAGAAAGCCAGGUUAUAUCACAGAAGGGAUGCAGGGUUGGUGUCAUCCACACGCACAGGGAGAAUCCCAUCUGGCCAAACCCAAAGACCAGUGGGAGUCCUUGGAAACAGACUUUCCCAAAGAUCUCAGCCUAAGAUGCAGCACUCUCUACACAGCAUGCUCCCUCAAAUGUCUCUCCCCAAGACUGAGGGUCCCCAUAAUAUGGAUAAGGCAAGGAUGGAAGUUGGUGGCAUACCAAACUCACAGCACUGCAAGCACUAUAAGCAUCAUCUGUCUUCCCCAUCUCAGGCUCCACUUGCCAGGGCUCUCCAAGGAGUAUUAGCCAAAUGUCUGAGCACCCUUAGGCCUCAGCCCACCAAAUCCAAUCAGCAGAGGGAAGGUUGGUAGUUACUCACACCCAGUAUUCCAAGACCUGAAGCCAAACCAGACCAUGUGGAGGUGUGGGGUGAGGAUGGGAAGCAGAAGAAAUUCUAAUAAAUUAGCUAAACAACAAACCCUA